AUGUUGGCAUACUUCUCGGAACUCUCAGCAAAAUUAAAACCUUCUACGUUAUGGUCGAGGUUUUCGAUGAUAAAAAGUAUGCUGAAAAUAAGGAACAACGUGGAUAUAAGUGAAUACUCAAAACUAAAUGCUUUCUUAAAACGACAAUCAGACGGUUUUGCAACUAAAAAGUUGAAAAUAUUAACAUCGAAUGAAGUGGAAAGGUUUUUGAACGAAGCUCCCGAUGAUCGUUAUUUAGCCACAAAGAUUGCGCUGAUUUUUGGCAUUGUUGGAGCUUGCUGCAGAGAGGAGUUAGCCAAUAUUACUUUUUUAUGA